GGGUAGACGACGUCAUCAUCUUGGAUGAGGGGACCGACUUCUCGGUAGAAUUCUCUAUCACCAGGAAGGUCAACGGCAUAAGGUAUAACCUGACAGAUCGCCCUGUACGGUUCACUCAGGUAUCCAUCAGUAACGACCAGGUUUUUGUGGAGAUCACGGACGUCAAUGAAGAUGUUCCCGACUUUCUUUCAACAGGCUCUAUUCAGUGUGCAAAUAAAGAUGGCGGUGUUGUUGUCAACAAGUUGUCCACACCAGGGGGAGAGGUGACCACCCAGGAGGACCUCAUCAACCACCUCCGCAUGGGCUACGACUUGACCUACGUGCUUCAGUGGGAUAAGUGCUCCCCGGGUAACACUACGACCAACAAGUGGUGGUCAGGGAGAAUAUCGGGUUAUCGGUUUGGCCACAACGGUGGCGUCAGCUUCACCCAAAUUGUAGACAGUGCCCAAAAGGAAUUCUUCAUUGAAGUCAGUGUCAUGAAGUCCAGUGUCAAGGUCCAGAUGUUCAACAUUGAAAGGUUACAAAGACAGCAGGGGUCGACGGAAACAAGGAUGUGUGCAUUAGGCCAGAGCUAUCGUGUCUUUACACACCAAGACGCAUAGUGCCCUUCAAACGAUCAAUAAAUCCUGCCUGUAUUUAGU